AUCGCAAACAGUUCUCUUUGGAAGCCAGAUGCUGACUGUCGAUGACAACGAGACCCUCCUCAGCCCUGUAAAGCAACAGAACACCCGAGCUGACUGCUGAACGGGGGAAAUCUAACAGGGAAAUCUCAAUGUAACACGCUCUCUCUCUCUCUCUCUCAAGUCAAGUAAUGAUGAUGACUCUGUAGCGUUAUGCAAACCUACACUCCAGCAAGGAUGGAUGGAUUCCUGUCCUUUGCUCUAACCUUAAAGAACUGAGACACUGACUGUGAUAUCGUCCGACCCUGAGUGAUGGCGGAACUCGGCAGUGACGAGAAGGAACCUGGAGAGUUUCUGAGCCCCUCCUGCCAUUCAUCAAGUCUAGGGAACCACCAAGAUGUGGGGUCAGAGCAGCCUGUGGUCCAUCAGGGCAAAGACAUAGUCAUCCACCUGACCUCUCCCACUGAACAGGGGGACUGGGAGAACCUGGAGGAAAAUGAACUGAUCUUCUCCCUGGAAAAGGAGGAUGAAGGGGAGAAGGAGAGAACAUCAGAGGAGGAGGCGAUGCCACAUCCCGAGGAACACUUCAACCUAUCCCUCCCGGCCUCAUCCCUGCCUUCAUCUCCUUCCCAUUCCACAUCUCUGGCUCAGAUCUUGUUCUCAUCAGCUCCUUGCCCAGUCCCUCUGAACGUACGGCCUUCGAACUCCUACGGUUCCUCCACAGAUUCCAGGCCGCUGUUCAGUCUGGUCAAGUCACUGUCCACGGAAAUCGAGACAAGGGACAUGUCUUCGCAGUUACCCAGACCCUUGCUGAGCCUCGUCAAAUCCAUCUCCACUGAGAUCUCCCGCCACGAGCCAGAGGUCACCCAAUCCAAGUCGGACUCGAAGCUCAACCUGCAUCUUUGGCGACAGCUGACGCAGCCCAAGGGGAGAAACGGGGAUUACAAAACAGCACCCCCCUCCCCGCUCCUCUCCCCCUCUGCCGACAGCAAGGUCAGUUUCUUCAAGGUCCCUGAAGUGGAAGCCAAACUGGAGGACACCAAGAGGAAGUUCUCCGAGGCCAUGCAGGAGCCCUUGAACAUGUUGAGUAAGAUCAUCGGAGAUGAGAGCGGGGGAAGCCCUAAUAAACACCGAGGAUAUUCCCAGGCCAACUCCUUUGGAGCUCGGUCCCCCGGCGUCUCAGGGGCUGAGGAUGGGGUUGGCGUUGAGGCUGGGAACAAGGGCAUCAGAUCUGGGUUUGAGAAGCUCCGGACAGAGAUACUGAAAGCAGAGAGGAAGGAUGGCGAGAGGUCCCCCCCGGCCGAGACAUCCCCUGGUAGAUGUGGGAGGGGGAGACAGCAGCAGCUGAGCAUUGCCUCUCGUCCAAAGCAGGGAGAAGUCGAGGGUUCGAGGUACGAGAUCUGCACUUACGGGGACAUGAUCCAGAUUGUGGAAACGGAGCCCGGUGAGGACAGCAUGCUCUGUGGGCAGGAAUCCACCUUCUCUUCCUACUUCAGCCCGAGCUCCACUCCACCUGUGUCUUCACAACCUGUGCCAAGUAAAACUCUCAUAUGCUUAGCCACGCUGACCUACAGCUACUUUGUCCUACCCCUGCCUUCCUACUUCUCUGGCCUCUGCUUGGGACUCGCCUUGGGCUUUCUCACAGCCUUGCUCAUCAUCCUGCUGCUCACACCCAAGCUCUCGCACACUACCCGCCCCGCAAGUAGACAGCUUCAACUGGACAGCUUCAUCCCCGAUCCCAAAGAGCUGGAAGUUGUGAAGGGCUGGAUGAAUGAAAUCUACAACUACGACCCUGAGAUGUACCAUCCCUCGUUGACCCAUUCAGUCUAUGUGACCCUGGAGGGCCCAUUGCUGAAGCUCUCCUACCCAAAGAGCAAGAUCUCUCGAUGGGCAACCUUUGAUGAGGUCAAACAUGAUGUGGUGUUCAUCAGCCAUCGAUCUUACGACCUGGCUGAGAGCAAGAUUUCACUUGUCCCGCCCGGCCUCGCCAAAAAAAGAAUGUGGAAUAAGAAAUAUCCCAUCCGUAUCUUACUGAGCGAGCCCGAGUCUGAGCCAGAGGACAGACUCAUGGAGUCUGCAAACCAGGAGUGGAAAAGUGAGAGCGACAGUGAGGACCAAGAGGAGAUAGUGGACAACACAAGGGGAGCCCUGACCCCAGACGUCACCCUCAGACCUCCCAGCGAAGGUAGAGUAAGUGCCCUGUUCUUGUUCGGGAGAACAGGCAGGGACAAGGAGGAAUGGUUCAGACACUUCCUGCUGGCUUCCAGAUUCCAGUCAGAAGACAGGCAGCCCACCAGCGGAGAACCUGGGAAAUCUGGUUUGACGCAGAAUCGCAGUGCUAUCCCCUCGGGGAGGCUGGCUCACAGCGACUGCAGCAGCAGAGACAGCACUGAGGACCUCUCCUCUCUCUUCAAAACCAAGGAUCUGGCCGGCAACAUCAGGCAGAAGAUCCUGCUGGACUACAACACCUAUAUGGCCAAGUUCACCCUCUCCGACAACUCCAGCCCCCUGCUGAGUCCUUGUCACAGUACCAACAGCAGCCCCACCCACAGGAAAAAGAUCGUAGGUGAAACUCCAGUCAACAAAGAGCCCCAGGUGUCCUGGAUCAACGUGGCGAUUGGACGGAUUUUCUGGGACUUUUUACGGGAAAAGUACUGGGCCGACCAGGUCUGCUUCAAAGUUCAGAAGAAACUGAGCAAAAUCAGGCUGCCUUACUUUAUGAAUGAGCUGACGCUGACCGAGCUGGACAUGGGGACACUGAUGCCUGUGAUCAUCAGCACUUCCAGUCCAUCUGUCAAUCAGAAAGGGCUGUGGAUGGAUUUGGAAAUUGCCUACAAUGGGGCCUUGCAGAUGACACUGGAAACCAAAAUGAACCUUUGCAAACUGGGCAAGGAGUCACUGCCAGAGGGGGUGAGGCCAGUGGAUACAGGAAGAGAAGGGUCCAGUCCUCGAACAUUAGUGCUUGCGGACAGCGAUGAGGAGUCCUCCAGUGCUGGCUCUUCAGAGGAAGAUGAGACACCAGUGACAGAAGUGCUAGGAGCUGUGGGUGACAAAGCCCUCCCACUGGGAGCCGAAGGCUACGCUGGAGGCAGCAGCACCAGCAGAAAGAUUCUCCGAUUCGUGGACAAGAUUGCCAAAUCCAAGUACUUUCAGAAGGCCACAGAGAAUGAGUUUAUCAAGAAGAAGAUCGAAGAGGUGUCCAACACGCCCCUGCUCCUGACGGUGGAGGUGCAGGAACUGGCAGGGAUGCUGGCUGUCAAUAUCCCACCCCCUCCCACUGACCGAAUAUGGUACAGUUUCCGCACACCCCCUCGGCUGGAGUUUAAAGUGCGGCCGAAGCUGGGCGAGCGGGAGGUGACCUUCACACACGUGACCGAGUGGAUUGAGAAGAAGCUGCAGCAUGAGUUCCAGAAAGUGUUUGUGAUGCCAAAUAUGGAUGACAUCUAUAUCCCUAUCAUGCACUCUGGCUUGGACUAUCCAGCUCAGUCCAGUCAGUCUCCAAUGGGACCCACAAGGGAAACAUCCUUUGACUCUAUGGAGAGAUUCUAGCAACUGAUCCGUGGGACAAUGACAAUAUCUGGGGGGAAAAAUGUCCUUUGAUGUCGAUGUCUGCCAAGAUACAUUUCGUCGCUCACUCACACCCUGGUUUGUGCUCGAAAAGCGAAGUGGGUCACUGCCUCCGAAGCGAACAUUGCAGUUUCAUUAGAAGCUGUAACUGGAAGAUUCAAAUGUAAAACAAAUCCUUGCACCUGA